AGAACAAUUACAUAUUUACCAUUUCGGUUUUGACACAGCUUGAAAAUAAUUUAACUUUAAUUGCAAACGGUGUUUUGCGUCUCUUUGAAAAGCAUAUUAUUUAGAGUUAUUAGACAAAACCGCGCUCUAGUUGUAGGUUGUAGAUUUUGUUAAUGAAGAAUGGAUCAACUUCGCGGCAUGAAAACUCCUAGGCUCGUGCGAGAAGGAUUAGCUGAGAUGAUGGGGACACUCAUAUUGUGUGUGCUUGGUAUUGGUAGCAUUGCCCAAUUUGUUUUAGCAAAACAAGAGUUUGGUGGAUAUUGGGCUGUUAGUUGGGGCUGGGGGUUAGGUGUUGCGUAUGGAAUUUAUUGGUCUGGAGGAGUAUCAGGCGGACAUAUAAACCCAGCUGUUACAUUAGCAUUAGCCGUAUGUGGUCGCUUUAAAUGGAGCAAACUCCCUCUGUACUGGAUUUCGCAGUUAGUCGGUGCAAUUUUGGGAUCUGGAAUUGUUUUUGCAGCUUAUCAAGAUUAUAUGGUGGAAUUUGUUGGGCAUGAUGGACAGUAUACAAAAGGUAACAAUGAAACAUUAGGUAUAUGGUCAAGUUACCCGCCAGAUUUUAUUUCUAAUAUGAAUGGUUUCAGUGAUCAGGUUCUUGCCACAGCUAUGUUUGUCGGAACCAUAUUUGCAAUCUUAGACCAUAAAAAUAUUGGAGUAGGAGCAAACAUAGCUCCGUUCUUAAUUGGUUUAUUCGUUUUAACUGCUGGUGCCACGUUUGGAAUAAAUGCUGGGUUUGGUUUAAAUCCGGCUAGAGAUCUUGGACCAAGAAUUUUUAUUUCUAUGGUUGGAUGGGGAAGUGUCCCGUUUAGUAAUCAUGGUCAUUGGUGGAUUUAUUCUAUACUUGGUCAGCUGUUAGGAGGAGUCAUUGGAGGCGUUGUUUAUGAGUUCACAAUUGCCAUUCAUCACGAAAUUGAUGAAGAGCUAUCAACUGAAGCUUCAAGAGAUGAGGCAACGAAUUUGUUAGAAAACGGAUUAACUUCUCCUAAAGCCGUUCGUUGAAAACCUAACCUCAAUUACUUUAAAGAAAACUACAAAAAAAAGUUUAAAAUGUAAAUUUAAUUCCAGCGCAUUUUUAGCGCAUAUUAAUUUUUACUUUAACUUUUAAAAACUUAUAUAGCUUAUAUAACGUUAGCUAAAAAAAAUUGCAAAAAUUAAAUAUUUUUUUGAAAUAAGUUUUUAAAAAUGUUUAAUGUACAAAAAUGCGAAAGUUAAAUAAAUCAAAAUUUAAUUUUUACUAAGUUCUCAUAAACUCAUUACUUAUUAGAAAAUUACUUUAAUUGUAACUUUAUUAUUUUGCAUUUUAUUACCUUUUAAAAUUCUCUUGAUUUCGAUUCAACAAUUCUUAUAAGAAAUGAAACAAAAGACAAUUGUACAGAAAUGUUAUUUUAUAUAUAAAAGAAAGUUUUUUAUUAACUAUAUAUAAUUAUAUUUUUUUAUAAAUUUUUAUAUUGUAUUCAGUAUAAAAAUUAAUUAAAUCAGUUUAUAUUCUUCAAAAUGAGUUUAUAUUCUUUAUAAAUUUUAAUUAUAAAAAGAAUCAGUUUAUAUUCUUCAAAA